AAUGUCCCAUUAUUUUAGGACAGCCUUUAUAAAUUAUUAACUUCUGAAACUCUUCCCUUCAUGCAAUUCGCAUUUUACUUGAAUUACAACUGCAGCAUCAUAACACCUAUGGCAAUGCAAGCUUCUCUCUUGCCCUACCUUUCCAUCCACAAAGAGGCCGUGAAAUCGAAUGCUGCAGUUAAGGACACAUCCUUCCUCGGAGUUCCACUUUCGGACCAUGUUAAAUCGGAAUUCAAUCCCUCAAUCCUCAGGAGCAAGAGAGAUCUUAGCCAGAGGAAGCUAGCCAUUGGAGUAAGAGCUCAAACAAUCACCACAACUCCGGCGAUCAACAAGUCCACUCCGGAGACAAAGAAAACACUAAGAAAAGGGAGUGUGAUAAUCACCGGCGCGUCGUCGGGACUCGGCCUUGCAACCGCCAAGGCUCUGGCGGACACGGGGAAAUGGCACGUUAUAAUGGGCUGUAGGGAUUUCCUCAAGGCUGAGAGGGCGGCAAAGUCGGUCGGCAUGUCCAAGGAGAGCUACACUGUAAUGCACCUCGACCUUGCCUCCCUUGACAGUGUCCGCCAGUUUGUCGACAGCUUCCGACGGUCUGGAAUGCCGCUCGAUGUUCUAGUAUGCAAUGCUGCUGUUUAUCUGCCAACAGCCAAAGAGCCUACUUACACUGCUGAAGGGUUCGAAUUGAGUGUAGGAACCAACCAUCUCGGCCACUUCCUCCUUUCGCGGUUGCUGCUCGAUGACUUGAAGAAAUCAGACUAUCCCUCGAAGCGGCUCAUUAUCGUUGGAUCCAUUACAGGGAACACAAACACAUUGGCAGGGAAUGUGCCACCGAAGGCGAACCUGGGUGACGUGCGCGGGAUGGCUGGCGGCUUGAAUGGGCUGAACAGCGCGACCAUGAUUGACGGAGGGGAGUUUGACGGAGCGAAAGCCUACAAGGACAGCAAGGUCUGCAACAUGCUCACAAUGCAGGAGUUCCACAGGCGGUUCCACGAGGAAACAGGCAUCACCUUCGCCUCCCUCUACCCCGGCUGCAUCGCCACAACUGGCUUGUUUAGGGAACACAUCCCAUUGUUCAGGCUCCUCUUCCCACCUUUCCAGAAAUACAUCACAAAGGGCUUUGUCUCUGAGGAAGAGUCCGGCAAAAGACUCGCACAGGUGGUGAGCGAUCCGAGCUUAACCAAGUCAGGUGUUUACUGGAGUUGGAACAAGGACUCAGCGUCGUUCGAGAAUCAGCUAUCACCGGAAGCUAGCGAUUCUGAGAAGGCCCGCAAAGUGUGGGAGAUCAGUGAAAAGCUUGUUGGGCUAGCUUGAAUGGUCAGCCAUGGAAUGUCAUUUCGAGGGGCAUUCCAAUGACUGGUUCAGAUGAGUGUGACCACCAUCCACUUGAUGGCAUGUUGUUGUACUGUUCGAAACUUCAAAUUUUGAAUCACCAUGGAGAAUAAGGAGUAGUUUUGCAUCUCUACUAAUAA